AUGAUUCAUCUUUUUUCCUCAGAGGCGCUUGCGGCGUUGAUAUGUCUUUUGUUUAUUGCCAUCGCCACUGCCGCUCACUUCUUUCAAUGGUCGUGGUGGUGCUCCAUGACAACAGCGGAUACACUGCUGGCGGUCGUGAGCUGCAUAUUUGCCUGUCGUGGCGUGGCAUCUGGGCGUCAGUGCAAGUGGCCGAGCGAUGUGGACUUCACGUCUCGUGUGGCACUCGUCACAGGGGCGUCCUCUGGCGUUGGCUACGGCGUUUCGCAGGAACUCGCGCAGCACGGGUGGACUGUCAUCAUGGGUGGGAGGAACUUGUUGCGCCUGCUUGAAGCAAAGCGCUCUCUCAUGGCGAAAAAGCCUUCUGGGCGUCUCGUUGUGCUCGCGGAGGUUGACUUAUCCGAUUUUGACAGCGUGCGAGGCUUCGCCGCCACCGUUCUCGAGCAAAAAGAGAAAUUUCCCGUGUCGUUGCUGGUGAACGCCGCGGGUGUGCUGCGUCGCCACUUACACCGCUGCGAAGAUACGGGGCUGGAGGAAAUGAUUGCUACAAACGUCGUGGGCCCCAUGCUGCUUACAAAUUUGUUGUUGCCGCUGUUGGAGGAGACGGCAGAGCGCAGCGGUGUGUCUUCGCGUAUUGUCAACGUUGCAUCCUCCUGUCAUACUUUUCUUGGUGUGCGGCAGCGAUGUAGCCCUGGCGAAAUGCUCGCCGCACUGCACCCAUCGCCCAAGGAAGGGGAUGACAAGGAGGCGAAGGUGGAAGCUCCCACCGUGGAAGAAUUCACUCUUGGCAAUUUUGUCGGAUACUAUGGGCUCUCGAAGUUGUGUGUUAUUUGGUGGACCUCUGUCCUUGCACGCCGCGUCUCUCUUCGCUUCUUUUGCAACGGCGAUGGUCGUCAACUUAAGGUGUUUGUGGCAUGUUGCCACCCAGGCGUCAUCACGACACACCUGUACCGGGACCUAUUUCCACUGCCAGUGCUUGAUCAUGUUCUUUACUAUCCCUCAUUACUCAUUGGAAAGACGUGGAAAGAAGGAGCGCAGGCGGUACUAAGUCUAUGCGUGGAGGCGGAUAAAAUGGUACACGGUGGCUACUACAUGUGCACUGGUGAGUAUGGGCCCAACAGUGGCAUCAACUGCCUUUCAAAAGAAGCCAGGAAUCUGGAAGGGGCAAACAAUUUUUGUAUUUGGGCUGAGAAAGUGAUAGAGGCGCAAAGGAUUAUUCCGAAAAAAACAAAAACAGGGCAGAGUGUGGCGGCACCGAAAAAAAUCAUGAGGGUGAAGUUUGUGACGUGA